CAGCGAGGCGAUCGGCGGUGUGCUGUGUGCCUCGGACACACCGAUCAACGGAAAGAGCCGAACAUGUCGGCUCAGUCAUGUGAUCAGCUGUGUCCAAUCACAGCUGAUCACAUCAGUGACACCUGUCAGUGUCCAUCAGUGCCAGCUGUCAGUGCUCAUCCAUGCCACCUGCCAGUGACCAUCAGUGCCACAUUUCAGUGUCUACUAGUGCACAUCAAUGCCACAUAUCAUAGCCCAUCUGAGCUGCCUUUCAGUGUCACCCAUCAGUGCCAGUCAGUGCCACCUUUUAAUGCUAGUCAGUGCCACCUAUCAGUGCUGCCAGUCAGUGCCACCUAUCAGUGCUGCCAGUCAGUGCCACCUAUCAGUGCCAGUCAGUGCCGCCUAUCCGUGUGCAUCAGUGCCGCCUAUCAGUGUGCAUCAGUGCCGCCUAUCAGUGCCGCUUUACAGUGCCAGUCAGUGCCACCUAUCAGU